AUGGCACAUUCCUAUUUGGAGUAUCUACGCCUGAAGGCGAUUAUCUCGGCUCUUCGAUUUUUCGACGGGGAAAAACCUGUUGAGCCUAGCCCCGAUGACUCGUUUACAUUCACAUCCACUGAUGGCCAGCGCGAAUUGAAAGUCAAUGUUUACCGUUCCAAGAUCACCAAAACACAGCCAAGCCCGGUCGUUCUCAACUGGAAUGGAGGCGCCUUCGUCUUUUCAGCGCAGGGAUCUGACGAGCGCUUCUGCCGGCACCUUGUUGACCAGACUGCAUACACUGUGCUUGACGCUAGCUAUGCAUUGGCACCAGAGCACCCUUUUCCUUCGGCAUUAGAAGAUGCAGAAGAGCUCGUAUUGCAAGUAUUUAAGCGACCGGCCGAAUAUGACACUCAAAAUAUCGUUUUGUCAGGUUUUAGUUCUGGUGGGAACAUCGCCCUUGCAGCAAGUUCAAACCUGAAAAAGCGAAACUCUGACAUCUUAAAUAAAUCCAUUCGCGGUGUCGCAGUGUUCUACCCGCCUACUAACAUGACGAUUCCUCCCACAGAGAAGAGGACUAUCGACGGUUCCCUCCCGCCUGUUCCGUCAGUCCUUAGAGUUCUCAUGAACGCUUUCAGAUCUUCUUAUCUUCCGCCUGGUGUAGAUCCGUCCGAUCCCCGAAAUUCCGUCCUAUUUGCGGAUCCGAAUACGUUUCCCAAAAAUGUGCUUAUUAUCACCGCGGAGAAAGACAGGCUUGCUCCAGAGGCAGAAGAGUUUGCUGGACGGUUGCAAAAGGCAGGCAAGAACGUACUGUUGAAGCGAUUCGACGGUGUUGCCCAUGGUUGGGAUAAAACAAAGGAUGAAGAUUCCAAUGAGACGAGGGUUAGAGACGAAGCAUACGACCUUGUUGUUAAAUUCAUCUCUGGCUUAAACUAA